AUGCUAAUAGAGACAGGAUCAGGAGAUGGCGAGAAAGCUCAGAGGAAAGACGAGUGCGGCUGUCGCGAGUUGCUGAGAGGACAAGUUCUAGGAGAGAAGAAGAAAGUGCAGAGCAAAGGCAAGCCCGUCUUUCACGAACUGCUGAAAGAGUCAGGACUAGAAGAGAGCGGGAAAGCUCGGAGCAGAGAACGAGACGCCAGUCAGGCGUUGCUACUAGAGCCAGAGCUAGAAGGAGGCAAGAAAGCUCAGAAGAAGGCAGAACGCGCCAUUUGCAGAAUGCCGAAAGUGGUAGGGCUAGAAGAGAGCGGGAAAGCUCGGAGCAACGAAGAACUCGUCUGUCGCAGGGUGCCGAAAGCGGUAGGGCUAGAAGGGAGCGGGAAAGCUCGGAGCAACGAAGAGCUCGUCUGUCGCAGAGUGCCGAAAGCGGUAGGGCUAGAAGAGAGCGAGAAAGCUCGGAGCAACGAAGAGCUCGUCUGUCGCAGAGUGCCGAAAGCGGUAGGGCUAGAAGAGAGCGGGAAAGCUCGGAGCAACGAAGAGCUCGUCUGUCGCAGAGUGCCGAAAGCGGUAGGGCUAGAAGAGAGCGAGAAAGCUCGGAGCAACGAAGAUCUCGUCUGUCGCAGAAUGUCGAAAGCGGAACUGAACUCAUCUCCAACUGAAUUGAUGCCUUCCGAAACCUCCUCCGACUGCCUGUUCCUUCGUGAACAGCGCCUCAUCCCUUUUCAGUUUACCCAGGGACUGACCUCAUCUUUAACUGGAUCAGAGCCUUCUCCGACUGCCGUGCUUCUUUGUGAACGGCAUCCGGGUUCACUUCAUCCAGAGGCUGAGUUGGCCUGCAGCUGUUGCAGUAUUAGAAUUUCCGAGGUUGUUGCUCUUUUCCCGUUCCGAACGGCAUCCGUAUCCACUCUAGAUUUGUUAACUCUCAAAUCGCUUACCCUGGACCUACAGUUACGUGACUUUUAG